CUGAAGCCACCGUACAAUGCAGCUAGAGCGUCCUUGCAGGGAGCGAAAAAUAGAAAAACCAAUCAUGGGGCUCUGCAGGAACCGAAAGAUGUGGAGGGUCUUCAGCGUGGUCAUCGUCGUCACUUUCCUGGGCGGCUGCUUCAUGGCAAUCUCCAGCCUCAUGAAGGUGGAUUCCAACCAGGAGGUGGAAGCAGCGAGAAAUGCUGUGCAACAUGUCAAGAAAGAGGGCGCUCUUCGCAGAGACGAAGGUCGCGAUUACAACUCAAGAGAGCACCUGAAGGAAAAGAGUAACAUCAUGCAGAUUCAUGAGAGUGUUGCCCGAGGCAGGAACAAAACCCUCAAAUCGAGGUCUGGUGAGCCUAUCGAGCUACUUGCGGCGUUAGCUAAAAUGAAAAACACUGCUAACAAAACACAUGCAAAGAUUCCAGGCAUGCCAAAUAUGCAGGAGACGGCAGAUUGGGACGACCCUGCCACGUGGCCCCCGCCAAAUUACAACCUUCAUGCAUUCUACUAUCCAUGGUACGGCAGCCCAGAGUUUGACAAGACGUACCUCCACUGGAAUCACGAGAUUCUCCGACACUGGAGCGAGAAGGAGGCCAAGAAGUGGCCCUCGGGAAGGUGGCAACCUCCAGGAGAGAUUGGAGCUAACUUCUAUCCCCAGCUAGGUCCCUAUAGCUCCAGGAACCCAGCUGUGAUCGAGGACCACAUGAAACAGCUGAGGCUAGCAGGCAUAGGGGUAAUAUCCAUGUCAUGGUAUCGAGCAGGCUUAGCGGACGACCAAGGCAAGCCUAGCGAUGACAUGAUGCCUACAUAUCUUGACAUGGCUCACAAAUACAAGAUCAAGAUGACCUUUCACUGUGAACCCUACAAAGGUCGAUCUGAGGUCACAUUCCGGGAAGACGUCCGGUACAUCAUUGACACCUACGGCAUGCACCCUGCCUUCUACCGCUACAAAUUCAAAGGUCGCCUGCUACCAAUGUUCUACGUGUACGACUCUUACCUCACCAACUCCUCAGACUGGGCGCGGCUCUUCGGAAUCAACGACGAGCUGAGCUUGAGGAACUCCAUCUACGACGGGAUCUUCCUCGGUCUCUACCUCGAUACGCAGCAUAGGUCGGACAUCCUCGGCAGUCUCUUCGACGGCUUCUACACGUAUUUCGCGAGCAACGGAUUCACGUACGGUUCCCGCUGGAAGAACUGGAAGCUCCUGGCAGACUUUGCGCAAAAGCGCGACCUCCUCUUCGUCCCCAGCGUCGGACCGGGAUACGUGGACACCCGGGUAAGACCGUGGAAUAAAAUGAAUACGAAACACCGCUCUGAUGGAGACUACUAUGAUAGGUCUCUGCAGGCGGCGGUGAAAGUAAAACCAGACCUUAUUUCCUUGACUUCCUUCAAUGAAUGGCAUGAAGGCACACAGAUAGAAAGAGCCGUACCAAAGACGUUCAAUAACUAUACUUAUCUAGAUUAUGGGCCAGAAGGUCCCAAUAAGUAUCUCUUGCAGACUCAGAAGUGGGCCAAGAUUUUCAAAGGGACAGGAUGACAGUUUAAUAUUUUUCGUCAUAUGAUUCAUGAUACAGAACAGUAUUUUUUUUAUUUUGUUUUACUUCACAUGCUCGUUAUUGUACAGUUUUGCUAGAAUGGUGGUCCUGGGGAGU